AUGAACGUCAGCGAGGCUUUCCCGGUAGGUGUCGGCGGCGAGGUUAACUCGAGCGACCCCGGCUUCGGGGCGAACCGCAGCUACGUCGACCUCUGGGAGCCGGCGAGCAACCUGAGCUACGGCGACCUCUGGAACCUGGCGUCCGACCGGGCGGGCCUGGCCAUCGUCCUCUUCCUCUUCUCCGUGGCGACCAUCUUCGGGAACCUCCUGGUGAUAGUGGCGGUGAUAAGGGAGCGCUACCUCCACUCGGCGACCAACUACUUCGUCACCUCUCUGGCCUUCGCCGACUGCCUGGUGGGGUUGGUCGUCAUGCCCGUAAGCGCCAUCUACGAGGUCCUAGAGAACAGGUGGCUCUUCGCAAUCGACCUCUGCGACGUCUGGCGCUCCCUCGACGUCCUCUUUUCCACGGCCUCCAUCCUCAACCUCUGCGUCAUCAGCCUGGACAGGUACUGGGCCAUCACCGACCCCUUCACCUAUCCGACCAGGAUGAGCACCAGACGCGCCGGGAUGCUCAUCGCCAUAGUCUGGAUCUGCUCCGGAGCCAUCUCCUUUCCGGCCAUCGCAUGGUGGCGCGCCGUCCGCACCGAGGAGGUCCCCGAGGACCAGUGCCCCUUCACCGAGAACCUCGGGUACAUCAUCUUCUCCUCGACCAUCAGCUUCUACCUGCCCCUCUUCGUCAUGGUCUUCACCUACUACCGCAUUUACCGCGCGGCAGUCGUCCAGACCAGAAGUCUCAAGCUCGGCACCAAGCAGGUUAUGAUGGCACCCGGGGAGCACGAGCUCACCCUCAGGAUACACAGGGGAGGCGCUGCCGGGACCACCGACUCCAGGAACCUGUGUAGGACCGCCUCCAGCACGCCCGAGGAUCUCCAGGACCUCGAGGAGCCCCUCACCGCCCUACAUCCAAACAAUGGCCUCACCAGACUAUCUUCGGGCCGCAUGAACAAUAAACACCUCGGCAAGAAUUUCUCGCUCUCGCGGAAACUCGCGAAAUUCGCCAAGGAGAAGAAAGCCGCCAAGACCCUCGGCAUCGUCAUGGGCGUCUUCAUAGUCUGCUGGCUGCCCUUCUUCGUGGUGAACCUCUGGUCCGGCUUCUGCACGAAGUGUAUCUGGCAGGAGAAGAUCGUCUCCGCGGCAGUGACGUGGCUCGGCUGGAUCAACAGCGGGAUGAAUCCUGUCAUCUACGCCUGCUGGAGCCGAGACUUCAGACGAGCCUUCGUCAGGAUCCUCUGCGUGUGCUGCCCGAGGAAAAUGCGCCGGCGGUACCAGCCAGCCUUCAGGUGCAAACCCAGCCAGUACGUCUCCGGGAUGGGUGGAGGGCACCACGGGAGCAACGUGGGGUACAACAGCGUAAGCCAGAGCAGCGACAGCGGGAUGUGACGUCAGGGUGAGGCCCCCCCGGGGGGCCCACGUCGGGGAAGGGCCAUCCGCUUCCGAGACACGUGACUGUAGGCGGGCCCAGGGCCCGUCUCCACUUCCGGCGAAC